UUGCCGGCUCUUUUCUGGUCUAUCAUUAUUUGCAAUGAAUAAGCUAAGCUCUACAAGCUUUCUUGUGAUGGAGGAAGGAGUAGUAAGGUGGAUAGUGGACAUAAGAAAGUGGGACCCAUCUCCCUCUGAAUUCUCUUUGGCACUCUCUCUUCUUCCUCAACACCAUCACCCCUCCAUUUCCAGAUUUGUGAAGAUGGAUGAUCGAAAACGGGCACUUAUGAGCCGCUUGCUUCAGUAUGCUCUUAUACAUGAAGUAUUGGGAAUUCCAUAUCAUGAAAUUCUCAUAAAGCAAACGGGGGAAGGCAAACCCUAUCUAGAAUAUUCCGAAGUAUACUCAAAAUUUCCGAACUUCAAUUUCAACGUAUCUCAUCAUGGUGAUUUUGUAGCAAUCGCAUCUGAACCUGUAUGCAUUGUGGGAGUGGAUGUUGUUUGUUGUUCCAAACCUGACAACGAGACAGUUACAGAAUUUAUUCGAAGCUUUGCUUCAUACUUUUCAAGUUUCGAAUGGAAUAACAUAAUCAAUGCCGGCACAAGUGAUGAAAUAUUGGCCGAGUUUUACAGAUAUUGGUGUCUUAAAGAAGCAUAUGUGAAAGCUAGAGGGAGUGGACUGGUGAAUGGAUUGAACGAAGUAGAGUUUCAUCAUACGAACUGGACAAACAUAUUUGUUAAAAUCGACGGGAAGUUCAUGACACAAUGGAGGUUUUGGCUUUUUGAGCUGCAAAAUAAACAUAUGGCAUCUGUUGCCAGAGGUCAUCCAAUGAAUGCUGUUGAAAGUUACAAGAGAACAAUAAGGCAAUUAGAAUUUGAUGAAGCGGAGUACGAUAUGGGACUAUAUCUUCCAAGCGUUAGAUUUGCUGAACGAACUGUAGAACAACUCAUCCAAGUUUCACAUGCUGCAAAUAUUACACUCAAGCAAACGAACCAAUCACCUGGAAAAUCAGAACAGAUAACCAGUACAGGAGAGCUAUCAACGUCAUUUUUGCAAGUGCAAGAAAAGUAGCAAUUCAAUAUUUUUUAGCAUCAUUCCCGUCCUGUCCUUUUGAUCAAUUUGUAUGGGUGUAGUCUCAUUCAGUUAAAAUGAUUAUAAAGAAUUAGUUUGCAUGUGAAUGAGUUGAGAACUUUGAUUUCAGCUUUUA